GAAGCCGUCCGUCGAUCGGAUUACGAGGCGGUCCCACCGUGCACAUCCCGUCCCCACCGAUUUCAUUGUCAUCAGCUAUUUCUUCUCAAAAACUCGAACCCAAAACCCCAAAUCGACCCGGAUCCGAGCCAGGCACCCGCACGAUCCCACCGCCUCCUGCCGAUCACCGGGACCUAGCAUCGCCGCGGCGGCGGCGGGAGAGGGGAAGGAAGGCGAUGAGGAAACGGGAGCGGGAGAACCCGUGCGGGAUCUGCGGUCACUACCACAAGUACGAAGAGGGGGAGGUCUGCGGGGUGUGCGGCCACCGCUUGAAGCCAUCGGAUGGGGAGGGCGCCCCGUCGAGCCAUGAGUCCGCCUUCCCCACAGAGGUGCUGAAGGAGUUCCUCUUCCUCGGGAGCUACGACAACGCCUCACGCUCCGAGGUCCUCAGGACGCUCAGUAUCUCGCACAUCCUUAACACUGUGCCUGAUUGCCACAAUCUUUACAAGAAUUCAUUCACGUAUCACAGUCUUCAACGGGACAGGCCUUUGGAUUUUGACGAGGCAAACCAGUAUCUAGAGAAAUGUGAAAGAGAUAAAUCGCGUGUUCUUGUUCAUUGCAUGACUGGAAAAAACAGGUCUGCUGCUAUUGUCGCAGCCUUCUUGAUGAAGUCUAGAGGAUGGAGACUUGCACAGUCUUUUCAAUGGGUGAAAGACCGAAGACCGCAGGUUCAACUGACAGAUGCUUCUCAGAAUGAGCUUUUGGAGUAUGAGCUGAAGCUUUUUGGACCCAGUGCUCAACCCUUGGUUCCCACUGAAUCAUUUGCUUCUCUUGGAUUUGGUUAUGAAAAACCAGCAGGUGACAUCCAAGCACCUAUGUUCAACCAAAUGACCAUGCCAUCCAUAUUUGAGCGAGUCAACCCAAAUGAUCACCCCACCAAUUUCACUUUUGGAGCUGAGAGGAUAGCGGAAGUUAACCCUCACGAUAACAAUAGUGAUGGUGGGGUAAACCCAACUAAAACAGAGAACCUGAUGGACGGCUCUUAAGAUGGUUUCAUGAUGUCACUGUUCAAUCUCCAUGUUGCAGUGUACUCCUUGCUGCGGAAGUAAACCCAACUGCUCAGUGCACCGAAUACAUCGGCUGUCUAGGUUUCAGGGAGGUUUUGCCCUUUGUCACUUGAGAAAUGGUUCUUUGGCAACCGACCUUUUCUUUAGAAUGACUAUGAAAUUAGUCUCAACUUGUAGUAAUAGAUGUUUGUGGCUCAUAUCUCUGUUCCCUGCAAAGCUGCUGGAGGUUCUUGCCCAUAUUCCUAAUCCUAUAUUUCCGGUUAUGUCGUACUGUUGCUAUGAUGCUCUACGCUUAGAAGCGUUGGUUAGUCGCUGAUAUCUCUGUUCUUUUCACGUAUAGUUUCUGCAAAGCU